AUGAAAGCGGCGUAUCUACUUCUUUCGACCCUCAGAUUAGCUUUGGGCAUCAAAUUCAUUGCCCAGGUAAGUCCCGAAAAAAAUUUGGAAACUGUGAUAGAAGAAAUUUUCCCGCAAGGGUAUGAGCGCGACCAAGUUGAAAGACUGUCAAUUGGAUUAGGAUUUCAGGCCAUCUAUGGUGAUUUCUCAGAGCAAGUACUGGAAAACCUGUUUUUCGAUGGGCGGGUUUCUGCCAUUUCAGUUGACAGAAACCUAAGUGCUUCUGAGUACAUUAUUCAAGAGCAUGCACCUGCGCAUCUGGCAAGAUUGUCACAGAAGGCACCUUUGCAAACGCCCACGGGCGUCUUUAUUUACCAUUCUAAUGCAGGAAAUGGGGUUGAUGUCUACCUCUUGGAUUCAGGUAUAAAUGGAGAUCAUCCUGAGCUUCGUGGAAGAGUGACAAAGCUGGCUGAUUUUACAAAAGAAGAAAAUAUUACUGGUGACCCACAUGGCCAUGGCACCGCAGUAGCUGGAGUUGUCGGUUCGGUCACAUAUGGCGUUGCAAAAAAAUGCAAUCUAGUAGACGUACGAAUUGCAGAUUCUACAGGCAAGGCGCGGCUUUUAAGUGUGUUGCAAGGCUUAGAAUUCAUUUCUAAGGUUGCUCCCAUGACAGAGAGACCAUCAGUUGCUCUGUUACCUUACACAAUAUGGCAGAAUGUCAUUUUGAACUCAGCAGUUGACGCUAUGAUUUCUGAGUCCAGGGUACCGCUAGUUGUUGCAGCCGGAAAUUUCAACACGUCUUCAUGUAAUUUCAGUCCUGCCAGUGCUUCGAAAGCCAUCGUUGCUGGCGCAAUUGACACUGCGAAAGCGGACACUUUGGCACCAUUCACAAAUAGUGGUCCAUGCGUCGAUGUGUUUGCACCGGGUGUCAACGUCGAAACAACGCAUCACAACAGUUCUGAAGCCGAAAUCGUACAAAGAAGCGGGACGUCAAUCAGCUCCGGAUUAACAGCUGGCCUGAUGGCUUACAUAAUGUCGAUGGGUUAUAAUCCGGUGGAAGCACUAUACAGAAUGAAAAGCAUGAGCGUAAAAGGUGGUAUUUCAACUUUUGGGCCGCACCAAGCCGGCACACCAAAUCUCAUCCUGCAAAAUCUUUGA